UCCGUGAUCCCAAUAAUAUUCCACGAUAUUUAUCCAGCUCAAGCAAUUUAGGUUUUUAUUGAAUCACACUCACUUAAACAAUUAAUUAAUAUAAAAGCAUUACUAUAAGAAAAUAAGUAUUUUAACUUUGUGUAUCUAGUAUAAAACUUUUCUCGUUAAUGGAACUACUUUUUUGUAUUCAAUACUCAACUUCUUGGUAGGCUAAAGUCUGAUGUAUUAUGUUGCAAAUAGUUCGCUCAGUGCAUUCCUAUGUGACGGGGUGGAACAUUGUUAGGGAAAGUUUUCUCAAUGGUGUAUAAAAUAGCUAUAUUAUUAAUAUGGCCAACCAGCCAAGUAGAAGAAAUGGAGCGACAAAAAUUAGACUGACCAUUCUGUGUGCGAAGAAUCUUGCCAAGAAGGACUUCUUUAGUAAGUAUAUUGGAAAACAAGAUUCUAUUACUAUUAGUAUUUGGAAUCAUAAGAAGAUCCAUAAGAAGAACGGGGCAGGGUUUCUUGGCUGUGUGCGGAUCAUGUCCAAUGCAAUCCAGCUUCUUAAAGAUACUGGCUAUCAGAGGCUGGACCUUUGUAAGAGUAAUUCAGAUGACCAGGACGUAGUUCGUGGGCAGAUAGUGGUUAGCUUGCUGUCUCGAGAUGGACAUGGUACAGGGAGCCAGAAUGUAGUUAUGGAUACUGUGGAAAAUCUGUCUUCCCCAGAGGAGCUUCCUGACGGCUGGGAGGAACGGAGAACGGCUUCUGGGAGGAUAUACUAUGUCAAUCACUAUACUAGGUCCACUCAGUGGGAAAACCCGACAAGAUCUGCACAUGAAACUCCACAAAGUAAUAACUCCAAUCAUAAUGGUAGUAGUAGAUCACGUAGGAACAACGUUCCACCAGGUCUAAACAGUGAAGGAGAUUCCUCAUCUUCAGAUAAUGCCCAGGUUGCGAUGAGAAGGAGGUCUACCAGACAUCGGAACUUCGUGUCAAGAAACCAACUCCAUCAGUCAACUGAGCUUCCCGAUGGUUAUGAAAUGAGAACCACCCAACAAGGACAGGUCUACUUUUAUCAUGUUGGAACUGGAGUAAGCACUUGGCAUGAUCCACGAGUCCCUAGGGACCUUGCUAGAGUGAAUGUAGAUGACUUGGGACCUCUUCCCAUUGGGUGGGAAAUGAGGCAUACGGGUAGUGGCCGAGCGUACUUUGUUGACCACAACAAUAGAACAACCCAGUUUACCGAUCCUCGACUCUCAAAUCGCCUUGUUUUACAGAAUGUACUCAACACACGAAGAAGUGUACCACCAGCUGUGACAAACGGUGAGGAAGGUAGUAACAUUCCUGCUGGACAGGUUGCUUCUACUAGCAGUAACAUUUUAACUUCUACACUGUUAGAUGCAAUACUCGAUAAUGGUGAGUCUCCCCUUCCAAAGUACAGACGAGACAUUGUACAUAAGGUCACCGCAUUAAGACAAGAAAUCCAGACCUUACAGCCACAGUCGGGCCAUUGUCGUAUGGAAGUAUCGAGAGAGGACAUAUUUGAGGAAUCGUAUCGUUUGAUCAUGAAGAUGAGACCCAAGGAUUUGAGGAAGAGGUUAAUGGUGAAGUUCAGAGGAGAAGAAGGACUGGAUUAUGGAGGAAUAGCAAGGGAGUGGCUGUACUUGUUAUCACACGAGAUGUUAAAUCCCUACUAUGGACUGUUCCAGUACACUAGAGAGGAUAUUUACACGCUACAAAUCAACCCAGAUUCUUCUGUAAAUCCAGAGCAUCUUUCAUAUUUUCACUUUGUGGGACGAGUCAUGGGGCUGGCAGUAUUUCAUGGUCACUACAUAGAUGGUGGCUUCACCUUACCCUUCUACAAAAUGUUGCUUAAUAAACCCAUCACCCUAGAAGACAUAGAAGGAGUAGAUCCAGAACUACACCAGAGUCUAAUGUGGAUGCUGCAAAAUGAUAUCAGUGCUGUGUUAGAUAUCACGUUUUGUGUCGAGCACGAUUCUUUUGGGGAGCUUCAAGUUCAUGAAUUAAAACCAAAUGGAAAAAAAAUACCUGUGACAGAUGACAAUAAAAAGGAGUAUGUCAGAUUGUAUGUGAAUUACCGGUUCAUGCGAGGAAUAGAACAACAAUUUCUUGCCUUACAGAAAGGUUUUAAUGAACUGAUCCCUCAGCAUCUGCUGAAGUCCUUCGACGAGAAGGAACUGGAGGUAAGACUUAUAAAUUUUAUAACUGAUUGUUAA